AUGGAACAGUGGAGAUUGGAGAAGAUGUACUUGCUGGAACGGUGUAUGUUGCUGUUGCUGCCUUGCUGGAAGCCUGGAACGGUGGAGAAGAUGCACUUGCCCGAACCGCUCCGCCCGGGAGGCGCCCGCUAUCCGCGACCCGGGAUAGCGGCGAUAGCGCCCGCGAUCUUCUCUCCGCCACUGCACCCUUGUGCGCGCGCGGCAGGCCUCCGCUCCGCUCUGGAGCGCCGCGAUAGCGGCCGCUACGGGCUUCCCUUACCGCUGGAUACUAUUUUCUCAGAGGUGAUUAAGACUGAAAAUGGCCGAACAAUGACCAUAGAUCGUGUUAGAGCUUCUCUUGUUCAGUUGGGCUGUUCAAAUCAGAUGUUAUAUGAAUAUAUUGUUGAUUUAAAGCACAUUAUUCGAUGGGCUCGAAAUGAAGAGGUUGAGUCAAUUGUGCUAAAAAGGUAUGGAAGGGAUGCCUACCGAAUGUUCAGGCAUCUAUCAAAGGAAAAUCAGUUUUGCCCGACAGAUAAGCUUGCAGAUGCUACUCUUGUAGAAAAAAAGGAAGCUCCAAAGUUACUGUUUCAAUUAUGGAAGGAAAACUUCUUGCAUAUGGAGAAAUUAUCUGUCACCGGAGCAAAUACUAAGCCAGUAUUGAUUUUAAUGUGGAAAGUUAAUCAGCCUCUGCUUUGGGAAAAUGUUCUGGACGAGAUGUACCAUGGUGCAUUAAAUUUGAAACUAAGAAUGGCUUUUGAGCAAGAAAAGGAAGAAGAGAUUAUAAAUACUCCGAAGGCCAAGAUUAACGAGUCCGUGCCACUGCUGAAGAAAUACAAACGGCUGCAAAAUGUUUUAUUACUCUUGGGAUCAUCACUGAUGAAACUUGAUGAUGCUCUUAUGCUUUUCCAUGACUUCUGA